AUGAAAUCAUACGAUGGGCAUUUGUUUGAGAAGCGUGAGGAGAGCGAGCGUGUUUGCGACAGACUUGGAGCUCUCCAAGCUUGGUUGGCAGGGGUGGUAGAUGCACUCUACGCCAGAACGCGAAAAGACGCGUCUUCCAGCCGAGUCGGAUCUGAAAUAUUUGGACGUCAACAAAACACGAAUAACGACUUUAUGAGAAACGAAAUCAUGAGCAAAGCACAGCCAAAUGGAAAGCCUCGCGCGGCUGCUAUUUUCAAAUUACCAGAAACUCCAGCUUCAAACAACCCAAUUCCAUCCUCAUCUCCAGCUUUCGCAACUCCAGUGCAUCCCAUCAGACCGUUCAAUCCGGCUGCGAUUGCGCCAAAGGCUAGCAUUUUGCCAGUUCUGCUCCCACCUGCGACACUGAGGCCUCUUGCAUUUCGGACCUUCACGAAGAAGCACAGUUUAACGAUCACCUCCUCCGCCCUCCAGAUAAUCGCAACGUUUAUAGGAAGGCAUUGUGGGACAGGAUGGCGGGAAGAGGGACUGGCCGAGAAGGUGCUAGAGGAGGUUGCAAAAAGUUGGAAGAGUCGGAAUGGAGGAGUCAUCGUCGAUGGAGACCGAAGCGAAUUAAAGGAUAUCCUAAAGAAUCUGGAGGGUAGUAUGGUAGGUGGCAGAAUAGUUUCUUCUAGGGAAUUGAGUCGGCAGAAUAGUCUGGUUCUCGGAUCCUCACAGGGUGGAGAGGUGUCACACACGAGAUUGGGACUACGUCCGAUAUCCCUGGGGAGAGAAGAUAGCCAGUCAAGCUUAGGGUUGAGCCAUCUCGAAGUUGAAGACGGGGAGGACGAAGAUGAUUUGAAAGAUCCCAGAAAAUGGCUCAAAGUUAUAGAUGCAUUUGAGCAACCCCGGUUAUUGUAUAAUGUUGGCAAGAAGCAUUUUGAUCGAGAUCCAUCGAAACCUUCGCUGCUUCCUCAGCCUUCACAUAAGACACAGCUUUUUCGGAAUCGAUAUAACCUCAUCCAACAACGUCUCUUACGGAAUGAGUCUUUUCAGGCGCCAACGUUUGAAACAACCAAAACGUCACAAAAACGCUCUUCGUCAAGCCUGGAAACACCACAGCAAGCAUACAAACUGACCCCUAUCGCUAAUUUACUUGGUCGUAAUGGGACAACCCAUAUGCUGCUUGGCCUCCUCACAAUAUCUCCAACCGGAAAUCUAGCAAUCAACGAUUUAACAGGAAGUAUUGCUUUAGAUUUAACUCAUGCCAAACCCAUCCCUGAAGACGGGGCAUGGUUCGCACCUGGUAUGAUCGUAUUGGUAGAUGGAACCUAUGAGGAAGAUGAUAAUAACGCAGGUGGCCUUGGAGGAAGCGGAGGCAUUGGAGGCACUAUUGGCGGCAAGUUCAUUGGGUUCUUCAUUGGAGGGCCACCUUGCGAGCGGAGGCAAACUACUUUAGGCCUGACAGGAAAGGGUGGUGACGGAGAUAUCGCAGCUGGUGGAGGGUUUGGCUGGGUCGAUUUCUUGGGGGUAGGGAGUGAGCGUGCUGUUGGAUCGAAAAUGCGAAAGAUCGAGCAACGACUAAUAAGGGCCCCAAUCGACUCGCUCGAUGGUGGAGGACGAGGUCGACUGGUGAUCAUUGGAGAAGUCAAUCUUGAUCAGCCACGAACUUUGCAAGCUCUGAAGAAGCUAUUCGGUCUCUAUGCUGCAGAAUCAGAAGAGGAUACACCUAUGACGUUUAUACUGACCGGCAAUUUCGUCCAGCAUGCUAUUAUGGCACGUGGUGGGAGUGGCGGAAGUAUCGAGUAUAAGGAAUACUUUGACGGACUUGCUUCAACAUUAAGCGAGUAUCCUACACUCCUCCAGUCUUCCACCUUCAUCUUUGUGCCUGGAGACAAUGACGGUUGGGCAUCUUCAUUCUCGGCUGGCGCCGCUACCGCCUUACCGAGGAAAGCAGUACCAGAGAUGUUCACGUCAAGGAUAAAACGUGCCUUCACAACGGCAAAUGCGGAAGCAGAAAAGGAGAAAGGGGUGAAAGGUGAUGGAGAGGCAAUCUGGACGACGAAUCCGUCGCGCUUGUCACUCUUUGGACCUACUCACGAGAUAAUCCUUUUCAGAGACAACAUGACAAGCAGGCUCCGCCGAACCGCCAUCAAAUUCUCCUCUUCACAGCCAGAAACAACAGAAGAAGACGUAGAAAUGGGAAACAUCCCACCACCUACGGCCUCACCACCACCAGAACCGGAAGUCGAUUCAGCAUCUUCACCGCCCCCCGACAACACUCCUCCAGAAGUUAUCACGCCGUUGACGGAUCCGGAUCUUCUCACAUCUCGCAAAUUGGUCAAAACUCUACUAGAUCAAGGAACACUAACGCCAUUCCCUCUUACUCAUCGUCCAGUCCUUUGGGACUACACAUCUGCGCUUCAGAUCUACCCGCUACCUACCGCGAUGGUACUAGCGGACCCAGAUGCGCCAGCCUUCUGUGUCACUUAUGAGGGGUGUCAUGUUAUAAAUCCUGGGUCUGUUAUUGCUCCUGGAAGGAGGGGUGUGGCUAAAUGGGUGGAGUAUGGGAUUAGUCGGGGGGUGGGGAAGGUUAGGGAAUGUACAUUUUAA